CCUACUAAGCCUACUUAAACAAAAUCCUAACUUAUGGCCCAACAAAAAGAAGUUGAUCUACUGAACCAGCUUUAAGCCCAGUAUAAAUAAUUGCUAGGGUUUUGCUCCCAUUUCUCAUGUUCUUGCUGUACCCACACGCACAAGACAGCACACAGUUAGAGCUGCUCUGCUCCAAUGGCGCCGAAGCGAACAACCCGCAACCCGGAGCUCAUUCCCGGAAUCCGUAAGGUCUCCCGCUCGAGGAUGUACCACAAGCGCGGUCUCUUUGCGAUCAAGGCCAAAAACGGUGGCAAAUUCCCCCACCACGAGAAGGCCGCCGCUGCCGCUCCUGUGGCGGAGAAGCCCCCCAAGUUCUACCCGGCGGACGACGUCAAGAAGCCGCUUCUCAACAAGCGGAAGCCUAAACCGACUAAGCUCAGGGCUAGCAUUACACCGGGGACGGUGUUGAUCAUUUUGACUGGGAGGUUCAGGGGGAAGAGAGUUGUCUUCUUGAAGCAGCUCACUUCUGGAUUGCUCCUAGUUACUGUUUGUCUUGAACAGCUUCCACUUCUCCGGAGGGUGUGUUCUCAUAUCCUAUCGCCUUGUGGAGCAGGUCCAUACAAGAUCAACGGUGUUCCUCUGAGGCGUGUGAACCAGGCCUAUGUUAUUGGUACCUCCACAAAGGUUGACAUUUCUGGAGUAAAUGUGGACAAGUUUGACGACAAGUAUUUCGCCAAACAGGUCGAGAAAAAGAAAAAGAAGGGGGAAACCGAGUUCUUUGAAGCUGAUAAACAGGAAAAGAAUGAACUCCCAGCAGAGAAGAAAGAAGAUCAGAAAGCUGUUGAUGCACCUUUGCUAAGGGCGGUUGAGGCUGUUCCUGAUUUGAAGACCUAUUUGGGUGCAAGAUUUUCCCUCAAGUCUGGAAUGAAGCCCCAUGAAUUGGUCUUCUAAAUUUUUGAUUUUGUUAAUUUUAUUUGCUUUGUGCCCUCCUUUGAACCUGUUGUGUUAGAGAUAAGUGUUGAAGAUAUGGUUCUUUUGGUACAAACGUCUUAAGUUUUGCCCCUGUUAUCGAAUGUUUCAGAAUCUCUACUUUGUUUGAUAUGAUGGUUGAUUUGGUUUAAUUCUAUAUAUUCUUGUUGGGUUUUUU